AGUUAAAAGUUUUAAUUUGUCAUGAAAAUAAUAAUCUCCGAACCAAGGAUAUUAAUCAACGUUGAAAGUUUCUUACUGAAGUGUUACGAGGAUUGCUUGAGAAGCUACACAACAACGCACGUUUCUUAGACAACAAAUUGCAUUGAGGAUAAAUGAGGGUAGAAUCAUGUUGACAUCAACAGUUAUCAAUGGUGGAGCAGGUUGGAGCUCGUGACGCAAUGCGAUGUUACCGACUGAUGAUAAAGGUUAAGGUUUAAUAUGACGACUGCUGUGGAAUCUCCACAGUUCAUUAGAACAAUUGAAUGGGAUAUGAUGGACAAGAGCAAGUUCUUUCCCUUGAGUAUGCUUAGUACAUUUUCAGUACGUUGUGUGCUGUAUCCUUUAACUGUUAUCAAGACUAGACUGCAAGUGCAAAGACACGAUCAAAUGUACAAAGGUAUGAUUGAUGCAUGGAGCAAGAUUUACCGAUAUGAGGGCGCUUCAGGCCUGUAUCGUGGUUUCUGGGUCAGCACAUUCCAAAUUGUGUCAGGAGUGUUCUACAUCUCUACGUAUGAAGGUGUGCGACACGUACUGACCCGCUAUGAUGCUGACACAAGGGUGAAAUCUCUUGUAGCUGGAGGGUGUGCAUCACUUGUUGGGCAAACUAUUGUUGUUCCUUUUGAUGUACUCAGUCAGCACCUGAUGGUGCUUGGAGUUAACUGUGGAAAAGAGAAUAAGAUGAUGCUGAAUCCACUGGGAGUAUCACUUGAUCCAGCCCGUUCACGUCUACAAAUGACUGCAGAUAUCACACGACAGAUAUAUUUACGUGAUGGUGUGCAAGGUUUCUACAGAGGUUAUGUUGCUUCAUUAUGCACGUAUGUCCCAAACUCUGCCUUGUGGUGGGCCUUUUAUGACCUCUAUCAAGAUCACUUGCAUGCAUUGCUCCCUAAGUGGGUGUCACAUUUGUUCAUUCAGUGCAUGGCUGGAACUCUUGGUGGUUUUACUACAACAUUAAUUACAAAUCCUUUGGACAUUAUACGAGCAAGGUUGCAGGUUCAGCGUUUGGGUUCAAUGCAGAAGACAUUCCACGUCUUGUGGACGGAGGAACGAUUACGAAUGUUCACCAAGGGUCUGUCAGCUCGCCUAGUACAGUCAGCAUGUUUCAGCUUUGCCAUAAUCUUAGGCUAUGAGACCAUCAAACGAAUGAGUAUCAUUGAAGAGUACCGUGAAUAUGUACGAUGGUAGCUGCUUAUCAGAUGAUGCUGUGUGUAGUUAUGUAUCAUGGCAUUUUCUGUAGCUGAAUCAAUGUCUCUGCUCUGUGUUACAGAGAUCAAUGAACACAAAAAUUGCAGAUCUGUUGCAUUCUUUAUCAUUGAAAUUAAAAUAUUUAAAAGCAGGUGACUGAAUGCAAGGUACAUUAGAUACCAUAAUAAGAUAAGUGAUAUGGAAAAUGUGGACAGUGCUGUACAUAUAUACAUACAUAUUUCUGUUUUACAAGUAGAAAUACAAUGGACAUGAAACUGGUCACAAGCAUAACUUAACAAACAAAGCAGAAAGACAAUAUAAAGCUAAACAAACACUGUAAUUAAUUGUAAGAUUUGAGGUUUUCACGGCGGUCGCUGUGAAGAGAGCAGUUUUGUGGGAUGUGGCACCAUGUAGAUAUUGUGUUCUUCUACCCUGAAGGUGGAGGUGAUACGUUCCUCUGAAACA